AUGGCCCUUACUUUUCUAUUUUCAAAACUCCCGGUCAUUACCGAAGACCCGUUCCUAAAAUAUAGACCUUUCCCAGAGAAUCCAAGCAAUGAAAUUGUUAAACAUUGGCAUGAAAUUGCUGUUUCAUUUGUCUUUUACUGUUUAGUGCAAUUGUUAUCUAAACCUGUCUUUACCGUAAUUAUGGGUUCUAAAUAUACCAAGUUGUCAAGAGGAACUAAAGUCAAUUUUGAUGUACACGUAACCUCAAUGGUUCAAUGUUUUAUCUCAAUCGCACUUUUGAUUCCCCACUUGAACAAUCCCCACUUGGCUAAUAGACAUGCAGACCCAGUCAACUCAUUAUUGGGAAAAACUGACUUUGGUGGAUUAGCCUGUGCAUUGACAGUUGGAUACUUUAUUUGGGACAUUUAUGUUUGUGUAAGAUACUUUUCAUUAUUUGGUGUUGGGUUUUUGUUUCAUGGUAUUGCAGCUAUGUAUGCAUUCCUUUCUGGGCUCUUCCCUUACGGACAACCAUGGGCUGGUGCAUUUUUGGCAUUUGAAUUCAGUACUCCAUUUGUCAAUCUCAAUUGGUUUGCUUCCAAAUUGCCAGCAGGAACUUUCAGUGACAAGUUUGUGAUCAUAAAUGGUUUAUUGUUGAUGGCCACUUUUUUUGUUGUUCGUAUUUUGUGGGGAUUCUAUGCUGUUUACCAAUUUGCUCUUGAUAUUAGAUACUCUCUUGAUAUUGUUAGUAAAGCUUUGCCAUAUACUUUGUUGGGGUUGAAUUUCUUACUUGAUUGUCUCAAUGUUUUCUGGUUCUACAAGAUGGUUAUGAUUGCCAAAAAGAAAGCAGGUGGUUCCAAAUCAACUAGACAAGCCUCUGUUGAUGUAGGAAAGAAAGUAGAAUAG